UAUAAAUACAUGUGAACGCUCCUUCCUCCGCAUUUUAGUCGAACACGCCGUGGAGGAGCGUAGCAUCGCGCAGAGUUGUUGUGACGCGCAUUUAAACGUAACGACGCAUUGCCAGUGUGUGUGUGUGUGUUUGGUUCGCGUGCGAUAGUCGUCGAGAACGUGCAACGAUGGCCAGCGAAGCUGAGAGGUUGAUCGGCAUAUCGCUGACGAAGAUAGCGCAGAGCAGGUCGCACCGCGGCGGCGUCAGUUUACACAAAAACCUACUGGUCGCCACCGUGCUGCAAAAGGCCCGCUACAUCUUCAUGGAGGAGGCCUACAACAUGGUCCACUACCAAGCGCCGGCGCCCGUGCAAUCGCGCGCCGCCCCCGAUCGCCACCAAGAGGACCUGGUGGGCCUGACGGCCGAAGAGGCCGGCUUGGAGUCGGAAACGGUCCAAGAGGCUUCCACCAGCGAGUACCUGCAGCCCGCCCAGGCGUGCGUCAAGUGCUCGGAGAACCAGAACAAGGAGAACUACCCGCCGUACAGUUCGGAACUCACCUACCUCGAUUUGGACAAGAGCUCCGGCUCGGGGGUGUUGAAGGAGCGCGAACGCUGCAAUUCCCCUUCGCUGAAGCGCCGGCGGGCCGUGGCCGAGUGGGAGACCGAGGAGGCCGUGCAGUCGAUCCUGCCGAAGAAGAUCAAACAGGAGGAGGACGGCGACGAUUCGGUGUUCCUGGACGACGCCGCGCUGCUGUCGGAGAGCGUCAGCAAGGAGAUCGAGGCCGAACGGCCGCCGGAGACGGCCGGUUCGUCAAUGGAAAUCGAUCGGAUUACGUCGCUGGUGUCCAUAUUCAGCUUCAGCAUGGGCGAUGGGAAGCUCAACAGGUCCAUGUCGACGCCGGACUUGUGUUCGGCGCAGGCGAAGGACACGCCGGACACGUUGCAACAAAGACAAUUUAUAGCCAUGACCGUGUAACUAGAUUAAUUGGUUCUUUUAGGCAAUUUUCGCAAUUGUUAGUGGACUCGCGUCAGGCGCGGCCUGAUAAGAUUUCAAACGAUCUCCCAACAACGAUUUCGAGGCGUUCAAAACUAAUGUGGAUCAUUAUACAUAUGGACUAUCUAAUGUAACAACCGAAAUAGUUUCUGGAAAUGCACCGGAAUAUGCAUCAUCUGCUUUAGAUCUGAACGCUUAUGUCGAUUUUCUUUACAAAUAAAUGUUCUAGUGAAAUUGUUCAAAUCCGUUUCGGUGCGUGCUUUGUAAAGAGGAUUGACGGCAAUUGCGCAAAGCGUUAUUGUGAUAGUGAGUUGUUAAAUACAUCUCCAAUUCUAAUCAAUGUUUAGUAAACGAAUGUUCAUUAUUCAUUACACGAGGUAUUAUUAAGAAUAGUGAAAUUGUUCCUGUAAACGGUCGAUGGGUUAUUGAAUGUUUGCUACCCCUUGAGCAUUAUUUAUUGGAUAUUGAUGGCGAUUUGGAUGUAUAUUACUAAACUUUUUUAAAGUAAUAAAAUAAACGAUGCAUCAGGACGUUGUGACCAUGGUGAAUUUAAAAGUUGUUCGUCCUUCUCUCGGGCCAUCUGCUAUUGUGAAUACAUUCCAUAUUUAUUGGGUACCGGAUACGCUCCGAGCGGAGGUUUGUUUUUUUAUACCUGAACUUUUUGUAUAAAGAAGGGUGGAUUUCCUAUUAUAUUUAUUUAUUCUUUUUAACUUCGAAUUGAUCGUGGUUACUGACGCUGUUUUGUACAUAACUUAAAAGUAUAUAAUUUAUAUUGCUCUGUUUUAAGAGUAUUUUAUUCUUGUAUAUAAUUAUUAUUACGUGGUACCUAUAUGUUUAAAAAUAAACAAUUUUUUAUUAA